AUGGCUGUGCAAUCCGCUGUGGUCAUCUUCGGCCCCACACAGGCUGGUAAGUCCACUGUUGUGGACUUCCUCACGGAGGGUGACACCUGCAUCCCCAUUGGAGAUGGGGAUGGGCACUCCGUCACCGCUGAGGCUCAGCUGUAUGACGGAACGAAGCUCGGGUGCCCCAUGCCGGACACCCCGGGCAUCAAUGACACGCUCAUGCGCUUCACAAACGCAGAAGCAGGUGCCAGGGUGGCGCUGGGCGUGGCGCACGCCCGGCCAAAGUCACUGAAGUUCAUCAUCACGGACAGCCUGGCCAACGAUUCGAUGCAGCUCAACAACACACUGGAGACCUUCACGCUGGCCUUCGGCCGGGAGGUCUUACCCAGCGUGGUGGUGCUGGCCACGAAGGCCGACCUCCGAAAGGCAGCUGCCAGGGAGAGGCGGGUGACCGGCGGGUGGAGACCAUGCGCGCGGCCGCGGCGAAGCAAGGCAUCCGCUGGUCGUGUGGCAGAGCGAGCAGAUCUCCGAUGA